AUGUCUGGCGAGUGGAGUAGCAUGGAGAUUUCCGAGAGAUAUCGAGGCCUCCAGCAAAUCUAUAAGCGAGUCCCCAAAGGCGCCGUGUCCAUGAUUACGCCAUUUAAUUUCCCUCUCAACCUCGCCGCUCAUAAGAUAGCUCCUGCGAUUGCUGUUGGGUGUCCAUUUGUACUGAAGCCGGCCAGUGCCACUCCGUUGGGCUCAUUGAUAAUAGGCGAGGUUCUUGCUGAGUGCUCGGACCUUCCCAAAGAGGCCUUCUCUAUAAUACCCUGCUCGAGGCAAGAUGGAGACCCUCUUACGACUGACGACCGAUUCAAGUUGCUCUCGUUUACUGGCAGUCCAAGUGUUGGAUGGGAUAUGAAGUCGAGGGCUGGCAAGAAAGGGGUAGUGCUUGAGCUUGGCGGUAAUGCUGCUGGUAUAGUAGACUGUAUACCACAUGAAGGGCUAGCGUACCUCAUGGAUCGCAUAGCUUUUGGGGCCUUCUAUCAAAGUGGACAGAGUUGUAUAUCUACACAGAGGCUUUAUGUUCGAAAGGACAUAUACGAUAAGGUAGUGAAUGCUCUAGUCGCAAAGGUGAAGUCCUUGCGUAUGGGUGAUCCGAAGGACGAGAAUACAUUCAUAGGCCCUAUGAUAGCAGAGAGAGAGGCUAGCAGGCUAGAGAGUGUUGUCGAGGGCGCGAUAAGGGCGGGUUCCACUCUUCUGUGCGGCGGAGGCCGAAAUGGAUCUAUGUUCGAGCCUACGCUGCUGGCCGACGUGCCUGUCGAGACUGACGCUUGGCGGGAGGAGGCAUUCGGGCCACUCUUGUGUGUUGCCAGCUUUGAUAAUUUUGAGGAGGUUGUGGAGAGGGCCAAUGAUUCCAAGUAUGGCAUCCACGUUGGUCUUUUCACCAACGAUUUGAAUAAAGCUUUCUACGCCUGGAACAACCUGGAGGCGGGCGGGUUGGUUGUGAACGACGUCCCGAGUCUCAGGGUCGAUUCAAUGCCGUGCGGCGGGGUAAAGGACUCCGGCAUUGGUCGUGAAGGUGUUAAGUAUGCUAUGGAGGACAUGAGCGAAAUCCGCACUAUGCUCAUCAAGAACGUCGGCUUAGCCGACAGGCUUUAA